CUGUUACCCUGCGAACUGAAGCACGUUUCAGCUGCGAGUACUGAGGCAAAGAAACACCACCACGGAAGUUGCUUUCUCUAUAAAAGCACAGCCGCUUUCUUUGGCGUGUUCAUAAAGUAAACGUUGGAAGAUCGCUAUCCAGUUAAAAAAUGUCAAGAUUUAUCCUUCAAAUUGCCGCAAUGGUGUGCCUGCUUAUUUUCCUCAGCGGGAAAUGUUUGGCAUCCGUACGACUAACCGUAGUGGGCACUUUACCACCAAAUCCUGACGAUCCCUACUACCAGAGUAAGAUUUCUUUUAAGUUCAUUAUAGAUAUGGGGAGUCAAAUUUUGGGAGUUGUGUACGUAUAGCCGCGUCGCCACCGAACGAAAAGGAAAAGAAAAGACAAAGAAAAGAAGAAAAAAAAAAAAAAAGCCUGCGCCAGCGCGCCCUGUUUUCAUUUGGUCAAGCUAUUUCAUUGCAUUUAAAGAACUCUCGUCGACGAGUAAGCUUAUGUUAUGUACAUGUAGCUCGAUUUUCGUUCAUAUCUUAAGGCUAACAAACCAAAUCGCUUUCAGGCAUUUGCUGUCAACCUUUGGAGGUUUUUCAAUUUUUUCCGUAGACAAUAAGACAUCAACACCUGACGUUUUUAAUAGCAGCCUGUUUAUCCCUCGCGGGCAUUUUGAGACAAGUUAAGUGAUGGUCAGUUUCUGUGGUUACGAGAUAUGACGUCACUAGUAGCAGGUGGUCAAAUCAUUUUUUAAUGAUACAAAGUGCUUCUUUCUGUGCUAUUUUACAUAUCGACAAAAAUAGUUACCAUUUAUUUCGAUUUUAACCUGAUUUCUUUUCCUGGGAAAAUCCAAGAUGGCGAUCAUCAUUGGUGACGUCACUGGCCUCCAGCAGCGCCAUCACCUGUAAAAUAUACCUCAUCUUGUUGAGAAUACCAAAGGCUUUCCUCUAAAGGAAAAAUCCUUUCGAAACCGUAACUGCAACAUAUCAAAAAUUCUGGGGAGGGGUUCUAUUAACCCAGGCCCCUUCUGCCACGGUGGGGGUAUGAAUUUGCAUGUACGUCCGAAGGUUAAAAGUACUUUUGCGUUCGAAAUUCAUUGCAAAAAGGGCAGCUAAGGCGUAAAUACUGAAAUGAAGACUUAGCCAAGUGUAACUGAACUAUCACAUCCUAUACUACUAGUAAUGCAUAAAAAAUCAUUAUAAUUUUAAAAUUUCAUUCGCAGCGUUUCAAACGGUUCCUCCGGCAAACAAAACUGCAACAAAGCUCCUGACUGCCUUUUUGCGCAUCCCUGGGAAACUUUCACUUCCGCGCCACAAAGGAAUUUCUUUUGAAGAUAUUGUGGUUGUUCUGGAUGGUUCCGGGUCGAUUGGUAGAUGUGAAUUUGGAAAAGGAAAGAAAGCUCUUAAACACAUGAUGAAAUUGGCAGAGAACACUCGGAACGUAGAUACAAAGUACGCUGCAGUUUCUUAUUCCAAUGACGCCGUAGUUGACUUCACGUUUUUGCCAUACUCUACGGCGGCGAAUGACAUAAUGCAGAUUCGUUAUGUAGGUGGGGGUACCAACACUCAGGAUGGACUUGAGAAGGCAAAAAGACUGCUCGAGGACUGUGCGUCAGGUAUAUAUUUUAGAAUUGUCUUAUUAGUAGGAAAGAAUUAAAAUGCAACUCUGGUCAAUACAAAUCAUUAUGUAUCCGUUCUUAACUAGUGACCUGAACCGAGUAAAGAAACGAUCCGUGGUUUACGGGAUAUGAGGAUUUACCUGACAGUACGAAAAAUAAUUGGUCCUGAUCAUCAAGAUACAUAAAAGGGCUUUUAUUACUUUUGGAUACCCCUUUAGUAAACGGUUGAGAUAUAAAGAGCUAAUUCUUACAGAGAUGAGUCGAAAAGUGACAGUUGGAUGCUGAUGGUCAUUUAGAGAGCAACAGAAGCUCGGCUCAAGUUAUCUGAGCUAUUUAAUUUACCAUGAGGUUACAUUCAUUGUGAAUACUGCAGGGGGUGGGGGAGGAGAAAAUACUGAAAUUGAGAUUCCCCAUCUUGUCUAAAAGAAAAACAACAAGAACUACCUCCACUCAGGCCUCCCUCCCUUACACACGAAAGUAGAAUCCGCUUUUAUCCGCCACCUAUUACCUUUCGUAAGCGGUGGAUAUCACCAUUGGUAACCAAGCCAAUGUUAUUAUAGACGUCAUAUAUUCCCUGGAUUAAGUUACGAUACGGCAAAUAAUACGUUUUUGAACCACCUUAAAGCAAAGUUGAAUUUACGUUAAAAGUUAUGGUAGGGGCUAGAGUCACCAGUUAUUGAUGUAACAGUUACGAAAGAAAGUUUGCUAGUUUAUUGUACUUUAAUUUUUCGGAAUUUUGGUGGGUCGGUGUGGUGGUGUUGUGGUAACGGAGAGAGAUUAGGAUAGAACAUCUUCGGAGACCCAGGGGCAGAUAGUGGGGGCGAGGGAAAGUCUAAACAGGGCGGAAAAAUAAGCACGAAGAAAAGUAAAUAACGGCGAGAAGAGCCCCUGGGGACAAUGUCUUGCCAGACCAGUUCCAAACGGUCGCCGCCGUUCUGGCUUCUGAUUGGUGCCAGAAAAACACAAGUUUUCUGGCACCAAUCAGAAGCCAGAACGGCGGCGACCGUUUGGAACUGGUCUGGUAAGACAUUGUCCCCAGGGGCUCUUCUGGUAGUUCUUUACUUUACUUUUGUGCCAUAUUUUUCCGCCCGUUUAGACUUUCCCUCGCCUCCACUAUCUGCCCCUGGGUCUCCGAGGAUGAGGAUAGAAGGGUAAGGGUUCGAGCCCACGGGGUGUUACUUCCUUAUAAGAGGAUAAUGGGCAUGAGCCACUGGAUGGGAUCGCGCGCAUUUUCACGACUGGAUUGACUAUAAUGGGGUGACAUUUUCAAUAGAUCCACUGGAAUGGGGUCGCGCAUUCUCUGAUUUUUGGGGUGAGACGUACGGCUUGGACUCGGAAAUAAUAUUAUAUGGGUCUUCUGCCUGGAGUUGUGUCAUACUGAGCUUAUCAAUACUGGUGCAAAAACUUAAUCUUUUAAGAAGCUAUUAAAAACAAUGGUACCCCCCACCCCCUUCCGUCCUUCAGAAGUUUUUUUGUUUUCAUUGCCCGGUCAAAAAUUAAGGUCCCCUCAAGAUCAUCUUCCCCCGUGGUAUGCUAAACAAAUUUAGGCUCAUUCAAGUAAAAAUUACAUCGAACGGCUAUAUAACCAUAAAAUUUGAGUGAAUAGCAUAGAGUAUUGAAACCCGGCUAUAAUUUUCUGUCAGUAGAUUUCUGGCGGUCGAGCGCUCAGUUUCCUCCUCGCAUCUACCAUCUCUGAUUUUAAAGGACUUGAUUUGGAAAGGAAAAGAUAGGUGGGGUGGGAGGUAUAAAAACGUAAAGGAGAAGGGAAGGGGGAAAUACUCGUGCAAAACAUUCAGAUAUUCUUUUAUUCCCAGUUGCUUCCAAAUGUUGUUGCUACUUAUAAACAAAUAGUUUUUCUUCACCUCUAAAAGGACGCCGUGUUAUUUCAAGAAAGAUGGUCCUUCUUGUCACCGAUGGCCGAUCGAACUCUCCCCACCUGACUAUAAGUAAAGCUAAAGCCCUAAAAGGCAUUGGCAUAGACAUUUACGUUGUUGCUGUUGGAAGUUACAUUAUUGGCAUAGACGAGAUGGUGAAGGUUGCCUCCUCUCCGCCGGAGAAUCACAUGUUCAGAGUCCAAACACUCAGCGAUUUUUGGCAGGUCGUCAAAUUGGCUAUCAGACAAGUCAACCCCGGAGAAUACGCCGUCUUAAACGGCCAAUAUGAUCCUCCUUGCUAAGGUUUUUAGUGUCCAAAAUGUCGUAGUGUUGUAAGGAGAAAUUUCUCAUCAAUUUUGUUUAUUUGCGUCAAAUUUUAUAUCCGUAGCUUUUAAAUAUUCCCUUUGAAGUUGUUUUGGCCAAAAUUUACAUUGAAUUUGGAUUGGGAUGUUUUAGUUCUUUCAAAUUAUACACAUUUUACUUCAAUGUACACUUUUAAAAGGAUAAUUUGUUUCUGAAUAAUUACAGUUGAACCUCUCUACAACGGCCACCUUAGGGACAGAAAAAAGUGGCAGGAGUGCUGAAUUUUUGUAAGCUUCCGAAAUUCAUUUGCUUGACUCACAUUAAAUUUUGAGUCGUUUAGUUUAGCAUGUGAACGUUAAAGCUGAUUUUAUCCAGGUUUGUUGUCAGUUUUCGGCUGAUUUCAUUCGGCGUUCUUUCCAUUUGUUUUGUGAUGCUGUAAUAAGUUGAUCGGUUAGUAUACAUAGAGACUGUUAUCCCUGAUUUUUUUAUUUACUGCAUGCUUGUAUGAUUUACAUUUAUGAUUUACGUCCAUGAGCU